AUGGAUCACAACGGUCAACGCAAUGCCGGUGGGCGAGAUGCUGUGCUAGAGCAGCAAGCCACGGAAUUUCAACACCAGCCACAUAACUGUAAUGGAUUGCCAAUGGACGUAACCGCUACACACGUGGGAAAUAUGGGUUAUAUGAUGCCACCCAUUCCUUUGGAGCAAACAAAUUCGGUGUACGGGGAUGGUACGGGCCUCUACUUCCCAUCGCCUUCCUUCCAGAUGUACGACAAUGCUGGACGCUACAACGGCAACAUGAUGCCAUACAUCCCACCGACCGUGCAAAUGAUACCUCCGUACGAGCAGUACCAACCAAUGAAUGUGCAUACAACAGCGGGUGCCUUCACUCCGCGAGCGAGUUACCACGACAUUGCUCCGGUGAGGGUUACACAGGGCCAUCUAAACGGAAAACCCAUAUCACGCAAACAUAAAAACUUCCUAUGCUGCUGA